AUGAUGAGCGACUGGGGGAAGCUCACCCUGUCCCUGGGGCUGCUGCUGGCGAUGGCGGGCGCGGUGGCGACGCAGCCGUGCCCGGCGCAGUGCUCCUGCUCGGGGAGCACCGUGGACUGUCAUGGGCUGGCGCUGCGCGGCGUCCCGAGGAACAUCCCCCGCAACACCGAGAGGCUGGAUCUUAAUGGAAACAACAUCACAAGAAUCACCAAGACUGACUUUGCUGGUCUAAGACACCUUCGAGUACUUCAACUCAUGGAGAACAAGAUUAGUACUAUCGAGAGAGGAGCAUUCCAGGAUUUAAAAGAACUGGAGAGGCUGCGCCUAAACAGAAAUAACCUUCAGUUGCUUUCUGAGCUGCUCUUUCUGGGGACGCCGAAGCUGUACAGGCUGUAA